ACAAAACAAUUGCAGCGCCAAAAUGACAUCAAAAAAGCGGAAAGCCUUUUUGGACGGCGUCGACGACGACGACGACGAUAAUUUUGAUGAAGAGGACUCUGGCUCCGAUUUUGACGAUGAUGAAGAUCCAGAUCUAAUAGAAGUGCCUGGUGGCGGUCGCGAUCUGAACACAGCUGUUACCUACGCCCAGAACAUACGCAGCGGUGUGGGCGUAACGAAGGGUCCAGCGGGCAGCAAUAGCAAUAGCAGCAGCGAUACCAAAACCAUUACCAUCAGCAAUCAUAACAACAACAAUAAGCCCACUUCCCUGCUGCGAACCAACAACAAUAAUAUCACCACCAGCAGCAGCUAUAAUAUUAAGAUUGGAGUGCCGGGAACAGCCGCAGCCGGAUUGAAAGGAGUACCAAUAGUGAAAGCAGUCGGAGCCGGAGCCGGAGCCGCAGCCGGAGCCGGAACGGUGGGGCUAGAACUGACGUCCAAAGGAUCAGUACCGAUAAUAGCCAGAAAAGUAGGAUUAGAGAAUAGUUUAAACAAUAUGCCAAAGAAAUUGACGGCCAUGGGCCCCACUCUACCACCCGCAGCAAGGACCAGCAGCUCGGUCCCGGGCACAACCACUGCCACUGCCACUGCCACUGCCACCGCCACUCCCCACUUUAAUGCGGGGGCCGGCGGCGGUGGGGGCGGUGGGUCCGCCAGCAGCUACCUGAGCAGCGGCGCCGGCAGCUACCUGAACAGCCUCUCCACCAACGAACUGAUGAACCUCGCCGCCUACGUGGCCUCCAAGGGUGGCAGUGCCUCGCCCUCGCACUCGCACUCCUCCACAUCCACAUCCACCUCCACAUCAACCUCCAGUGGCGGCGCCUCCAACUUCUAUGCGUCAGCAAUGGGCGGUGGCGGUGGCGGUGGGAGUGGGAGUGCUGGUGGUGCUUCUGCCGCUAAUUUCAAUAUGGCCGCGUCUUUACUGGCGCAGAUGAGCUAUGCCGGCGGCGCUGCAGGUCAAGGUGCAGGUGGUGUUGCCCUGCCGGUGGUGCGUCCCUUCAAGGGAGCUGUUUCCAAGGUGGCCAUGCCACCAGCGAGCGCCACAGCUGCAGCAGCAGGAGGGGGAGCCGGAGGAGGAGCACCUACUGGCGGCGGUGGCACAAAGGGCAGCACAUCGAUGAUGGAGGCUGUCCAGAAACUGAUUGCCAUGAAUCCGGAAUAUCUGACCAGCGGCAUACCCAACAAUGUGUUCCAGAUGUUCAUGCAAUCAAUGAAGCGUACCCCCUCGCCAGGCACCUCCUUGAUGUCCGGCACCAGUCCCGGGCCCAUGUCGAUGUCCAUGUCCAUGUCGAUGCAGCAGUCCAUGCAGCAGGCCCAGGCCAAUGCAGCAGCAGCCUCCGCCGCCGCCGCAGCGGCUGCCUAUGUUCAGCAGGAGGAGGACGAAGUGGACUACGAGGAGAUGGGUGUGGCCGAGACAUAUGCCGAUUACUGGCCAGCCAAACUGAAGCUGGGCAAAAAGCAUCCCGAUGCUGUGGUGGAGACCGCCUCUCUCAGCUCUGUGGAGCCCUGCGAUGUCUACUACAAGAUGUCGAUACCCAACGAAACGAUCAGUUCGGGACAGCUGAGCGCCCUGCAGCUGGAGUCCAUAACGUAUGCCUCGCAGGCGCACGAUCACCUGCUGCCGGAUGGCAGUCGUGCUGGCUUCCUCAUUGGCGAUGGCGCUGGCGUGGGCAAGGGUCGCACCAUUGCGGGCAUCAUCUAUGAGAACUUUCUCAAGGGACGCAAGAAGGCGCUGUGGAUAUCCGUAUCGAAUGAUCUGAAGUACGAUGCCCAGCGGGAUCUCAUCGAUAUUGGAGCCUCUCGUAUUGGUGUGCAUCCAUUGAAUAAAUUCAAAUACGCCAAAAUCAGCUCCGAUGUGAACAACAAUGUGAAACGCGGCGUAAUCUUCAGCACGUACUCGGCCCUCAUUGGGGAAUCGAACAACAAGACGGGCAAGUAUCGUUCGCGCUUCCGCCAGCUGUUGCAGUGGUGUGGCGAGGAUUUCGAGGGUCUGAUCAUCUUCGAUGAGUGCCACAAGGCCAAGAAUCUGUGUCCCGUGGGCUCCGGCAAGCCCACAAAAACCGGACAAACUGUCCUCGAGCUGCAGCAAAAGUUACCCAAGGCCCGUGUGGUCUAUGCCUCCGCCACGGGCGCCUCAGAGCCCAAGAAUAUGGCCUAUAUGGUCCGACUGGGAUUGUGGGGUCAGGGCACGGCAUUUGGCAAUUUCAAUGAUUUUAUCACAGCCGUAGAGCGACGCGGUGUUGGUGCCAUGGAAAUCGUUGCCAUGGACAUGAAGCUACGCGGCAUGUACAUUGCCCGCCAGCUGAGCUUCAAGGGCGUCAGCUUCAAGAUCGAAGAGGUGCCCCUCACCAAGGAAUUCCGAAAGAUCUACGACCAGUCUGUGGAGCUCUGGGUGGAGGCCAUGCAGAAGUUCACGGAGGCCGCCGAACUGAUUGACGCCGAGAGUCGCAUGAAGAAGACCAUGUGGGGGCAGUUCUGGUCAUCGCAUCAGCGUUUCUUCAAGUAUCUGUGCAUUGCCGCGAAGGUCAAUCACGCGGUGCUGGUGGCCCGUGAGUCCAUCAAGUACGGCAAGUGUGUGGUCAUCGGUCUGCAGUCCACGGGGGAGGCCAGAACCCUGGAUCAGCUAGAGCGCGAUGAUGGAGAGCUAACGGACUUUGUGUCGACGGCCAAAGGUGUUUUCCAGUCGUUUGUGGAGCGACAUUUUCCGGCGCCCGAUCGCAAUCGCAUCAAUCGCAUUCUUGGCCUUUACGAUGACACACCAACGCCCCUGUCUGCCGGCACGGAGACAGCCGCCUCGAACAACAACAACAACAACAAUAAUAAUGGCAAAAACGGGGGACGAGGCAAGCGAAAGGGCGACGGCGUCCAGACUAAAUCGUCGCAGAAGAAAAAGAAAAUGAGCGCAGGAGCCGCCUGGCAAAUGAGCGACAGCGACGAGGAGGCAGCCCGCACGCCCAGUCGGGACUUUGGGGCCAACUCGAACAGCGACAGCGAGGGGGCCGACAGCGAGACUUUUGCCGAAGACGACGACGAGGAGGAUGAGGACGAGGACGAGGAGGAUGCCGACGAGGAGCUCGAUCGGGAUAGCGAUCGCAGGAGCGUGGCCAGCGACGCCAGCUCCGAUUUCAAUCCGUUCUUCAGUGGCAGCGACAGCGACAUUGAUCCCUGGGUGAACGCGCGCAGCAAGAAGCCCACAAAGAAGGUCCAGAAGAAGGUCAAGAAGAAGGUGAAGAAGGAAAAGAAGGAGUCCCAGCCAGCAUCCGCUUCCACCCCCGCACUAUCUGCGACAACUGGCGAAGCCAGCGCCAGCAGCAGCUCCGUGAUGUCCCCCGCUGUGGUGGCCGCUCUGACGGCGGCCAAGACCCGCAAGUCGCAGCAAUCAACGCAGGACAAGAUCCAGGAUCUGCUGCAAAAGAAACAAGAGCUCAAGGGCACCGUCACCCCCGUGGGCGUCAAUGGGGUGAAGCUGAACUACGGCCCACCGCCCAAGGAUGCCAUCGAGCGCGCCUGCACCAUGAAGGAGGAGCUGCUGCGCAAGAUCGAGCGUCUCGGCUCCCGCCUGCCACCGAACACACUCGACCAGCUGAUCGACGAGCUCGGAGGACCCGACAACGUGGCCGAGAUGACCGGUCGUCGGGGCCGUGUCGUCCAAAACGAAGAUGGCUCCAUUCAGUACGAGUCGCGCACGGAGUCCGAUGUGCCACUGGAGACGCUGAAUAUCACGGAGAAGCAGCGCUUCAUGGACGGCCAAAAGGACGUGGCCAUCAUCUCCGAGGCCGCCUCCAGCGGCAUUUCCCUGCAGAGCGAUCGUCGGGUGUUCAAUCAGCGCCGUCGUGUCCAUAUCACCCUGGAGCUGCCGUGGUCCGCCGAUCGGGCGAUCCAGCAGUUUGGACGCACCCAUCGCUCCAAUCAGGUCAAUGCCCCCGAGUAUAUAUUCCUUAUUUCGGAUCUGGCCGGCGAGCGACGCUUCGCCUCGACGGUGGCCAAGCGCCUGGAGUCGCUCGGGGCCCUCACUCACGGCGAUCGUCGUGCCACCGAGACGCGCGACUUGUCCCAGUUCAAUAUCGACAACAAGUACGGCCGUCAGGCCCUCGAGACGGUGAUGCGCACCAUUAUGGGCUACGAGGCGCCGCUGGUGCCGCCGCCCACCGACUACAACGGGGAGUUCUUCAAGGACAUUGCUGGAGCCCUGGUGGGUGUGGGGAUCAUUGUGAACAGCGAGAGCAAUCCGGGCGUGCUCAGUCUGGACAAGGACUACAAUAACAUAUCAAAGUUUCUCAAUCGCAUCCUCGGCUGUCCUGUGGACCUGCAGAAUCGUCUGUUCAAGUAUUUCACCGACACCAUGACGGCCAUCAUUAAUCAGGCGAAGCGUGGCGGUCGCUUCGAUUUGGGCAUCGUGGAUUUGGGCGCUGCUGGUGAGAAUGUGAUUCGUGUGCGUCUGAUACGUUUUGUGCGCAAACAUGCCACCGGAGUGGCACCCACAGAGCUGCAUACGGUGCGCGUGGAACGUGGCAUGAUCUGGCAGGAGGCCAUUGACAAAUAUGCUGAUCUGUUCAACGACAACGAGGGCUUCUAUCUGUCGCAUCAGCUGCGAAAUCAGAAGCGCACCGCCAUACUGGUCGUGGUACUCGAACAUCAGCCGCCACGUAACAGCAGCAGUAGCAGCACCAGCACCACCGAUGCAGAUGGAGGUAGCAGCGGCAGCAACAGCAAGAAGAAAAAGUCGCGCAGCAAAAGGGAGAUCAUGUGCCAGAUCUACAGGCCCAAUACGGGCCUGCAGGUGCGCCAUGAAUCGCUCUUCGAGCUGGAGAAGAAAUACCGAAAGGUGGCCAGCGACGAUGCGGAGCCCCACUGGACGGAACAGUACGAUGCAUCGGUGAACACGUGCUCGCACGCCUAUUGGAACGGCAACUGUCGGAACGUGAGCCUCGGCAACGAUUGUGAGGUGGGCCUCAGGCAGCGUCUGUACCAUGUACUGGCCGGAUCGGUGCUGUCCGUGUGGGGACGGGUCGAGCACAUAUUGAAUACACGUUCCAACAGCAAAAUGCAAGUGAUACGCAUGAAGACGACCGAGGGCGAGAAGAUUGUGGGCACAAUGAUACCCAAGUCAUGUUUCGAUCUCCUCAUGAACGAUUUGAGCAGCGAUUCCGAGAAGAAGGAGGAGUUUAACCACUAAGAAGGGAAUGGAACGGAACUGCUCUUUUGCAUUCAUAUAUGCGUGAAAGCAUAACACAGUAGCAACAAUAUAUAUAUAUAUAUAUAUACAGAUAUACAUAUAAAUAUUCAUUAACUUACAUUUAAAUACGAGUACAUAGCAUCGGAAUAUGUAGCGGGAGAUCAACGGACGGACAGCAGCAAAAACGCUUGGAACAGAACAUCCUUCUAUUUUUUUUUUCUUAUUAUUAUUUUUAUUGUCAUUUAAACACAGACUUUAUCGUAUAUAACACACAUGCGCCACCCGCCCUUCCCUGCAAUCGUGAAAUGAUAUACGUGCAUCCAUGUAAUCCAUGAAGAGAAACGACGGACACCCCUUCCCUCCAUAAACCACCCACACCCACACAAGGAUAAAAAGAUAUAUAAUGAAAGGAAUGAAAACGCUUAUCAAUGGACUUUUUCUCAAUGAUUAAAACCUUUAUUUUUAGUUUUAGUUGUACUUUAAAUUAAAAGCUUACAAAAUAAACCGCCACACCUUGUAAACUA